AUGCUUCGACUUACCGUCCUCGCCAUCCUCUCAACACUCGUUAAAUUCGCAUAUACACAUGAACAUCAUGAAGACGCAAUACCAGAGGGCCAAGCUGUCUCGCCUGAACCUAUCGACUCAAUACUAUGGGCUCACAUCCUCAUCCAGAUCCUUGCCUUCGGCAUCAUCUUCCCCACCGGUAUGGUCCUCGGUAUCGUGCACUCGCACUGGCACGUCCCCCUCCAGACAAUCGGCGCCGUCCUGGCGAUCGUUGGAUACUUUCUCGGUCACGCACAUGGAGGCAGGCAAUUCAAGCAUAACAUCCACGCAUCUUUCGCUACCUGGCUGAUGCUGCUCCUCAUCGCGCAAAUAGCCGUUGGGGUUUACCUGAGACUGCACUUGGAAAAGGGUGGGCACGCCAGAAUCCGAUGGGUUGUGGUGAUUGUGCAUGGGACGAUGGGCAAGGCGAUGCCCGUGGUCGCAUGGGUACAGAUGCUAUUUGGUGGUAUCACAGCGCUGGGUUUCUGCCGAGAUGAUCAUCUAGGACAGUGUCUUGCGCAUUUCAUCAUGGGCUCAGCUUUCAUUGGGUACGGGAUCAUCCUGACGAUACUGCUACUUGUGGGACAGCUGUGGCUUAAACGGACGGGGAGAAGUCAGGAAUUCUUCGAUUCGAUAGUGAUUGCUGCAUGGGGCUGCGUCAACACCUUCACUGAGCACAGAUGGGGCACCGCAUGGGUCAAGAACGAUAUACAGCACACGAGCAUGGGAAUAGUCUGGUGGUGCGCAGGUCUACUGGGAGUCUGGCUCAGCAGGAAACGAGAUGGACGACCAAAGAGGAACAUCUUCCCCGCACUAGUCAUAUUUUUGACAGGAUGGGGAAUGGGGUCUCAUCCGCAGGCAUUAGAAUUGAGCACACAUGUUCAUUCAAUGUUUGGCUAUACGCUUAUGGCUGCGGGAGCCAUGCGAAUUAUUGAAGUUGCGUUCGUACUGAGGGAUAAGAAUACUGUCGACGACAAGGACUUGGAAGAGGUCAACAGUUUUCAGUAUCUUACGCCUUUCCUACUCUAUGCGUCUGGCUUUCUCUUCAUGGGUGCAACCGAGGAGCAGAUGGCUAUGCUCGCAACCGCUCACGUAACGCACGUCUCCUACAUCCUACUACUCUACAGCAUAUCGUUCUUACUUUUCCUUUUCGUGGCCAUGUUGCUAAACAUGUACGCUUCGCAUGUUUGGCCGAUCGAUCGCAAUCCUGUCGUUCUACCUAAAGCAAAUGGUCGGGCAAAUGGUCAUAUCAGAGCGGAUAGCCAGAGGCUUCGAGACGCCGAGGAGUUCGAGUUAGAAGGCCUCAUGAGCGAUGACGAGGUUGACACUAGCAGACCGCGAUAA